UAGUGACGAUGAUGAUGAUGAUGAUGAUGGUGAUGAUGAUGGUGAUAUAGCGUCACCAGCUGGAAGCUGGCCUGAACUGAAGGUAGGGUGGGUGAAACCAUUAGUGAUGAAAUAGGGGGAGGCGCUCUGUGCUUCUCCUCGAUUUUACCCUGUUGCUCAAAAUAUUGAAAUGUUGCACUUGAACUUUGUGACCGGACUAAAAACUUUUUCUCGCUCUUGGAGAAAAAAAAAAGAGUUUCUAAGCUGAGACAGAUAUCUGACAUGUAGAAUGAGAAUGAUUCCGCUAGGCGCCUCUGAGAAGUUUUUGGUAUGAACUUUUAUUUAUUUUUUUGCUAACGUUUCCGUUGUUUUGUGACGUCACCGUGUUUUGAGCGGAGCGGUUUGUAUCAUCAGCUGAUAAACACAACAUUAAACACGAGGUCUUUUAGAAGCGGGAGUACUGAUGUUAAAAUGCACAAGAUUGUCAAAAACGAGACACAAACACUCGAGUUUCACUUUAUCUUGUCGGAGAAAACCGUACAGCCGUCUCAGGUUACCAGAGGGAUCAGCUAAAGAGUAAAAUGGAGGCUACAUACUGGGAUGUGAUUUUUGGGAUCCUCCAGAUGUGGUUGUGUGCAGUGAUGGGGCUCAUCGUGUUUCCUGCCAUGUUUGGGGUUUCGCUGGGCUUCACUGAUCUCUACAUUAAAAUGCUGGUCAAAAUACUGGAGUGGGCCACCCGGAGGAUCCAGAGAGGGCAAAAGAAACAGCUUGAACUGCCAGCACAUCUCCCCAAUGGAAUUAUACAGAAGAACGAUGGUUCUAUGAAAGAAGAGAUCGGGGAACUGCGACGCUCUCAUCCAAAGUCUCUGAACGGGGGAGACUUUAUGCUGUCUGACGUCUUUUAUUUUUGCAAGAAGGGUAUCGCGAGCAUCGUGGAGGAUGAAGUCACUCAGCGAUUUACAUCAGAAGAGCUUGCUUCAUGGAACCUCCUGACUCGCACUAACAACAACUUCCACUACAUCAGUGUGCGACUUACUGUUAUAUGGGGUCUGGGAGUGUUUAUUCGCUACUGUGUGCUCCUGCCACUCAGGGUCACCUUGGCUGCAAUUGGACUGAGCUGGCUGGUGAUCGGCACAACGCUUGUAGGUCUGCUACCCAGCAGCAGUGUGAAAGAAUGGUUGAGUGAUCUGAUUCACAUUACGUGCUACAGGAUCUGUGCCAGAGGACUGUCAGCCAACAUCCGCUACCACAAUAAAGAAAACCGUCCGAAAAAAGGUGGAAUUUGUGUGGCUAACCACACCUCUCCUAUUGAUGUCGUCAUUUUGGCGAAUGAUGGAUGUUAUGCCAUGGUGGGGCAGGUCCAUGGAGGGAUAAUGGGUGUCAUUCAGAGAGCAAUGGUUCAAUCAUGUCCACAUGUGUGGUUUGAGAGGUCGGAGAUGAAGGACCGCCAUGCAGUGGCCAAAAGGCUGAGAGAUCAUGUUAAUGACAAAACCAAGCUGCCAAUUCUUAUCUUCCCAGAGGGAACCUGCAUCAAUAACACGUCUGUCAUGAUGUUUAAAAAGGGAAGUUUUGAAAUUGGAGCGACGAUUUAUCCUGUAGCAAUUAAGUAUGACCCUCAAUUUGGAGAUGCAUUCUGGAACAGUGCAAAGUAUAACAUGGUGAGCUACCUCCUCAGGAUGAUGACCAGCUGGGCCAUAGUGUGUAAUGUCUGGUACCUUCCCCCUAUGAAUCGCCUGGAUGGAGAGGAUGCUGUAAGCUUUGCCAAUAGAGUGAAAUCAGCUAUAGCACCAGGAAGCCUGGUUGAUCUAUCAUGGGACGGAGGAUUAAAGCGAGAGAAGGUCAAACAAUCGUUAAAAGAGGAACAACAGAAAAUGUACAGCAGUAUGAUUGUGGGAGAGGACUGAAAGACACACGUUCAUGUUUUCUUCAUGUUGUCUGUUUUUUGACCCAGAUGGAAGACCUUAAUGGACUAAGUUACACAGAAUCACUGUAAUGAAUCUUUUAUUCACAGUGAGUGAUUGCGGUAAAAGGUAUGAACCACUGAGGUGGUUCCACGGAGGUCAAUUCUCCGUAGAUGAAGUCAGUUGGAGGGUGUGUAGGCCUAAUGUAUUUUAAAUGCCUCAGUGGAAACAUUCUCAUAUGCUUAUACUUUUCAACAAAAAAAAAAAAAUUUGCUAUGCUUAUUGAUUAAAUAAUGUUUUUAAAUAGAUUUUAUACAAAUUCAAUGCAAAGUAUUAGUAGUAUGUUACUAAAACUGAAUCAAGUUUAAAACACUAAAGCACAUCUUUAUAAAAUCCCUAAAGAACUGAAUGCGGGUUUGAGAUUUGGACACUUUUUUUUUUUUUUUUUUUUUUGCUAAACAGUUUUAUUUGGAGUCACUGUUACCACUCAAAAGUUGAUUAUGUUGCUAUAACAGCACAUGCCUAAAUCUUUAUUUCUUGUUAUAUAGUUUAUGUAGUUUUAUAAUGAGAGAGCUUACAGUAUUUCUUUCUUUUUUUUUUUUUUUUUAAGAAUUAAGAAUGUCACUUCAUAUUUUUUACAUGGUUGCAUGGGGACCUUUUUGCAUAUAGUUUUUUUGAUAGUGGAUGGUGUGCAUGCUAUUUAGAGCACUCUGUAUUUUCCUUGUGAUUUUAAAUUCAGUGCAUCUGGUCAGAAAUGCUGCUCUGUGAUAUUCACACGGACUUUGCUGUUCAGCUGUUCCUUUGUGAACUGUUUAAGUAUCACGGGUUCUUUUAACUCAUAUGUUGUUUUAUUUGUGUUGCCAGGAAUUAUGUAAUAAGUAUGUCUGUCUUUUUACAGCAUAUGUUUUCCAAGUCGCUUUUAGAUUAGUCUUUUUUUGUUACGAGUUCAUGAAGUGAUUUUGUUUUUUGACUUUGUUUUUGUUAUGAGACCACUAGAGGUCAGUCUAAACCAAGAAAGGAAAAUGUCCAACAAUUUACCUUUUCAGUUUUGUCUAGUUACAGAUUUUAUCACUUGUUUCAGAGAGUUUCUCAGAUCAAAAUGAAAUUCUCAAAACUGCUUGUUUAACCUCCACAUCAUUUAGUCACUUGUGCACAUCAUAAAAGCAUUUCUCGUUGUUUUGAUCAAACUGUGAAUGCUUUGUAACAUUCAAUAAAUCGAUUGUGUACAAUC